GUAAUGUGCGAAACAGUCUGACUGUCAGCCGCCCCUACUUCCGGCUAGCGAUAGUCGUAAUCACCAUCCAACAGGUUAUGAGCCCCGCGUAGUUGCGGCGGGUUGCGCUUUGUCGAGUAAAGACAAGAUAACCGAUAGGCUGUAGGCCAGUGAGCGCAAAUGAACGAUGAGGGGGGAGUCUGUGGAAAGCCGAUUAUGCUCGAGCAAAGCACGGCCCACAUUUGGUACUCUAAGUUAAGGAUUUAUCUUAACUGGAAGGAGCUGGGUCCGGCUAUCCGUGACGACGACGCGCCGGAGGCGAAGCAGCAGAAGGCGGUCGCCCUUAUCCUGAGCCAUGUGAGGCUGUCCGACCACUUCAUCUAUGAGGAGCUGCUAGAGACCCUGGAAGCGGAGAAGAAGGCCAACCCUACUGCCAAGCAGAACGAGGCGAAGCGCCUUGUGCAAGCGCUGAUGGUAUACUACAAGAAGCUGGCGGCUGGAAAUCACCGUCAGUGGGCAGCCGACCUGGGCAGCGUCAGGCUGGGAGCGAGCGAGCAGAUUAGCGAGCUCAUCCAGCGCAUUGCUGACAUGGUGGAGAGGCUGUGCUGGUCGGGAUGCCCGGGCUACACCAACGGCGACCGCGACAGGCUCGUCGUGUCGGCAGCAUUCAAUGCUCUGCCGCAGGAGUAUGCCAGCGUUGUGGCCAUUGCAGAGGAGUUCUACACGAGCACUGCCAGGUGGAGCGUGCCGGACGCGGAGUCGAGGCUCACGCGGUUCCAGAACACCCUGACCAGCGUGCGCGGUAGCAGCAGCAGUGGCGAGCCGUCAAUCCACUUUGUGCGCGGUGUGGGAGGCGGCCGUGGUGGCCGCGGAGGUCGCGGUGUGCGCAGCAAGGAGAACGUCCAGUGCCACAGGUGCCAGGGCUGGGGACACUACAAGAACGAGUGCCCAGAGCAGGCCGCUGAGGGCGGCGGUGGCAACCGGGGGCGCGGUGCACAUGUAGGCCGGGACAGCGGUGACCGGCGCAUGUUUGCGGUGAACGUGGACCAGGGAAACGGCCGGGGGCGCGGCCGGGGGGUCUGCGCCUAGUAGCGUUCGUAGGAGCAGAAGAUAUGCUGUGGAGCAUAGACUAUGGGAUUAUAUGAGCGCCCGGGAGGGGUUGCAUGAGACAUGAACAGUGCUGCGGUGCUGCAUGUGAUGUGAACGGCCACAUUGGGCUGUCGGUGCGAGUAAGGCAUCGUGAGUAUGUCGGUGCGAGUAAGGCAUCGUGAGUACGAUAUGCGUGCGAGUAUGACACGCGGUGUGAGUGAAGCACCAAUAUGAGACGUGCAAGUGAAGCACGGGGUGUGAGUGAAGCACCUGAGAUUGUGUGAGCAAAUGCGAGUGAAGCUUUGCUACUGUCUGCACGAGUGAAGUGCACUGAGAGUGGUUUGCUAUGUGGCGAGUGAAGUCACGGACUGGCAAGGAUCCACGACUGGCAAGUGAAGUCAGAUGAACGAACAUGGCAAGUGAAGCCAACGGUAGAGAGUUGCUGUUAUGCCCUUAUCAUAUGAUGUUAAAAGAUCAUCUUAUGUGUAUGGCUCUCAAGCACUUGAAGCUAUGAUGCCGGUAGUGCGGCAUGAUGCGGUGUGUGAAACCGCAGGUACGGUGAAGUGAAGCCGUAAGUACAGCGAAUGCGGGAGCAUUCGGACACGGGGGAGCCGUGCAGAUAUGAUUGAGUAUGGAUUUCCGGAUGGAAUUGAUUGCGGUAAAAGACCGUAUUGAUUUGUGCUGAUUAUGGACGAUGCAGUGAGAAAGAGAAAGACGUGAUCUUGAGGACACGAGAACAUGAGACGAUUGCAGUAGCACGAGUAACUACAAGCGAAAAGCGUACGAGGUAUGCAGGGAUUGUUUGUAGCACGUGAUUUGAGGUAGGAGGCUAUUGCGAUACGUAAUUUGAGUAUGGAGUUCUGCCCGCGGGGGAGUGUUGAGAUAUCGGUCAGAACUAUCCAUAAGGGAGAACGUAGGGGAGUUCCGAGAGUGUGUGUGCGAUACACCAUGCAAGGACUUAACCCGGAACCCAUGCGAGGGUAUAAGCCAGAGAGCUACCCGAUAUAGUCAAGUAGUGUGGUACUAUGUAAUGUGCGAAACAG